AUGCGUGAUCAAUUAACCCAAGAAGAUCUCGAAUUUGAUAAAAAGCACAUAUGGCACCCCUACACAUCAAUCACUACUCCAUUGAAGGUAUACCCUGUUACUAGAGCAGAGGGAAGUUAUUUAUAUCUCGAUAAUGGUACCAAGGUAGUAGAUGGUAUGGCAAGUUGGUGGUGCGUUCAGCAAGGAUACAACAAUCAUAGACUAAAUGCAGCUGCCAUUACACAGAUUAAUAAAAUGUCACAUGUGAUGUUUGGAGGCAUUACUCAUAAGGCUGGAAUUACCUUUUGUAAGAAAUUGCUUACUUUAUUACCAGAUACCUUGGAGUGUGCUUUACUGGCAGAUUCUGGGUCUAUUUCUGUUGACAUUGCAAUGAAAAUGGCUUUAAGAUAUCACCACUCAUUAGGGAAUACAUCUAAAAAGAAGUUUUUGACAAUUGAGAAGGGGUAUCACGGAGACGCCUUUGGAGCAGUAUCAGUUUGCGAUCCUGUCAAUUCAAGACAUAGUACUUAUAAUGGAUUUCUUGCUGAGAACAUAUUCUGCAAGGCUCCCGAAGUCCGUUUUGAUUGUUCCAAAGAGAACGUUGAGAAAUUGGUUGAAGAACUCGACGUGAAAAUUUUUGCUGAGAUUAUCAAAAAACACCAUAGUGAAAUAUCUGGUGUUGUAAUGGAGAGCAUAGUACAAGGCGCGGGUGGCCUAAGAAUGUACCAUCCAUAUUUCUUGAAACGGGUCCAUGAACUUUGCAAUGAAUUCAAUAUUUUGCUGAUCCUUGAUGAAGUUGCAGUAGGUCUCGGAAGAACAGGCAAGCUCUUUGGUUUUGAGCAUGCAGGAAUAGUGCCAGAUAUAGUCUGCCUAGGUAAGACAUUGACGGCUGGGUACCUGACGCUAUCUGCAACAGUCACCACCAGAAAGAUUGGUGAUCUGAUCUCCAAUGGGCCUGAGGGCUGCUUCAUGCACGGGCAAACUUAUAUGGCUAAUCCGUUAGCAUGUGCUGUUGCUAGUGAAAACUUGUCCAUCUUAAUGGAAGGUAAAUGGAAAUCUCAAGUUGGAAAAAUUGAAACACAGUUGAAAAAAGAGCUUUUACCCUUAUUAGAACAUCAUAUUGUAGCAGAUGUGAGGAUUCUCGGAGCUAUUGGUGUUGUUGAGGUCAUGAAGCGUGUGAACGUUGAAGACUUGCAAGAGCGUUUUGUCAAAGCAGGGGCAUGGAUCAGACCUUUCAAUAACAUAAUCUACAUCCUACCACCUUAUAUAAUCACCACUGAAGAGUUGUCCAUCUUAACUGAAGCUAUAAAAACUGUUCUUGACUUUAUUUAG